CGCUCCGCUCCGCCCGGUUCUUAACGGCGGAGCCGAACCCCCCUCCCGGGACACCGCAUGUGAGCCGGGAGGGCAGCUCCGCACCGCGCACCGGCACCGCACGGCACCCGCUCCCCGCUCGGAGCUGCUGUUUCACUCGCCUUCACACCACCACCCCCCUCGGCCCCCCACUAUGAGUAACCUCAAUAAGGACACCGAGCACACCAACGGUGGAGGAAACGUCGAGGAGGAGGUACGGACACUGUUUGUCAGUGGCCUUCCUGUGGACAUCAAACCCAGAGAGCUCUACCUACUCUUCCGACCAUUCAAGGGUUAUGAAGGGUCACUGAUCAAGCUAACAUCGAAGCAGCCGGUUGGUUUUGUGACCUUUGACAGCCGAGCUGGUGCUGAAGCAGCAAAGAAUGCCUUAAAUGGCAUCCGCUUUGACCCAGAGAACCCUCAGACCUUGCGGUUAGAGUUUGCUAAAGCCAACACAAAGAUGGCCAAGAGCAAGCUGAUGGCCACACCAAACCCCACCAAUAUCCACCCUGCCCUGGGCGCACACUUCAUUGCACGGGACCCCUAUGACCUGACUGGAGCGGCUCUAAUCCCGGCAUCCCCAGAAGCAUGGGCUCCCUACCCACUGUACACCACGGAGCUCACCCCUGCCAUCCCCCAUGCCGCCUUCACGUACCCAGCGGCUGCUGCUGCGGCCGCUGCUCUUCACGCUCAGUGAACUCCAGCCAUGAUGCCAGCGCAGGCUAGCCCUGAAGCUCAGAGCUGUCCCUGGAGAUGGGACACCCUAGUGAUGCCUUAUUGCAGCUAGUGGAGUGGCUGUGCUACAGCUCCAUUCCUAGAAGUGUUAAGCAUGACGGCAGCCCCGUUUGGAAAGACUGGUAAGGUAACCAUCUAUCCUCCAAGAUGCACCAUGGGAUUUGCAAGCUUCUGCCCAUCUCUGUAGCCCAUAUUUCCUUGCCCACCCAGUGCAUGGGCCUCACGCUACCCACCCACCAGAGCCUGGGGAAUGAGAUACCAGGCUUUCUUUCUAACCCACAUCUCCAACUUGGCAGCACAUGACAUGGCGCACACAGCAUGGCACCAUCUUACAUCAACUCCUCCCAGCUGAGCCAGGCUUGGCCAGGUCCUGCUGGUGGGAGGGGAGCAGCCCGGUUGAGCUGGGGCAGGGAUGACCCUGCCACUUGGUGUGACAGAAACCUGGUUUCUCCCCAUCCACAACCUUUUAAGGGCGACCAGAGAUACACCUUGACCUCACUCCUAGCACACAAUGGGGGAGGUGAGUGACGUGAUAGCGAUUAGCACACAACUAAAUUCUACUGGGCACCUUUAGACAACAGCACUUGGCGGUCACUUUAUUCCAGAAUUGCAUAUCGGGACAGACCCUGCCCUUAGUCUUGGGUCUAAACUCACCUCUUUCUCUCCAGUUACUGGAAAUGGAGCAAGUUCCUGCCUGGAGCUUGUCUUCUCUUUGCAGCCUGAAACCACAGCCAGGCUGCGGCUCUUGAGAGCUGUACAGAAGGGCAUCUGACUGGGGAUGGAAGGGAGCAGUGCAGGAGACCGGGAGGAUGGGAAAAGGGAAUGUGGGAGAAUGGUUGCUAUGUUUAGCUCUAAGUGAAGGAAUUGAGUCCAGGAUCGCUGCUUCUUGUGGUGGGUAGUGAUACUGGGGAGAGCAGUCAUCCAAGAUGGGGGCCCAGGUCUGCCUUUGUCCUUGGAAGACUCUGGGGUGCACAGAUGUGCUGAGUUGGGAAGAGGGGGAAUUGGUACAGAGAUGGAAACCAGGGUGCAGUUUGUCUUGAGCCCUUUAGACCCAACGAAAUGUUUCAGCUAGCAUCUGUGUGAUUGUGUUGGACUGCACUGUGCUUCUGCUGUGAAACCACGUGUUCUGGAGCAUCUCUAAGCCAGGCUUUGGGUGUGCUGUAGGAGACAAUGGGGCUCCUAUCAUGCUAUCAGUGCACCUCUGUAAAGAGAUGCUUCCAAGAUGGCUCUGCAACCCUGAGGGCUGGACUUUCUUUGGGAAUUGGGUAGACGAGUGGAUGAAACUGGUGGUAGUCACUAUAUGGUACGUGGAGGAGACCAGGCUGAGUAGCCAGGACCUAGAAGGCUGUGGCUGAUGCUCCCAAGGCAGGGAGCAGAUCAUGGAAUGGAAGCUUCCAGCUGCCCAUCUUGGUGGGUUGGCUGCCCAAGGUGCCCCCACAGUCUCCAGGCUGUUGCCAACAGUAGAAACAUGGUUUGGAGGAGCAUCCUUCAGUGGGGGUGGUGAGGGCAGGAUUCUGAAUCUGGGAUCAGCCCAAGGGAGUGGAAGGAGCAAUCAAGCUCUGCUUCAUGGCAAAGGCCAGCAGGACUGAAAGGCUUCCCAACACCAAGCUGAGGCAGAGCCCAUCGAUGGAAGGGGAGGUCAGUGCUCUGCCUAAUUCUCCAACUUUUCCUUCUGGUAAGCUGCGUGAGCUUGUUUGAGACAGGCUGGAUGUCUCUGAGCUGUGGAGUGGCUGGGCAUAAGGCUGGUGCCUACAGCUGUGACCUGCUGCUGGCCCUAAAUAACUGGGAGUGCAGGGUGAGCUCAGAUGCUGUGUUGCUCUUCGAGACCCUGCCUCCUGUUGGGAUGCUGCUGUUUGCUGGGGUGGGAUCAUCUGGGUGCCACUAACCUGGUAAUCUUGGAGCAGUGGACAGCCCAAUGACCUGUAGGGCCAUGAGGAUCCUGCUUCGGUGUAGCACUGAGUUUUGGCACAGCCUUGGGGUCCCCUCUGCAAGAUCUCCUGCACUUCACAUUGUGGUGGCUGAUGGACUUUCCUGGGGUGGGUGGCUGGAAACAGCAGAAAACAGCAGAAACGGCUGGAAACUGUGUGUGUUGUUUUGUAACUUGUUGCCUGUUCACUGGGGCUGUCACAUAGGACUCAUCAGGAUUUUUUCAGGGCAUAUGUCCUUAAAUGUGUGAAGCAUUCUCCAAGACUUCCAUGGCUGUGGUGUUCGCCCAAGCUCCAGUGGCUUAGUGCUGGCACAGGCUGACCAAGGCAGGCUCUCCCCGAGCGAGCUAUUUCUUUUUAGCAGAAAAAAAACAGAUGUGAGAUGCUCUCUGUUCCUUGGGAGCACCCAUUCUCCCAGCAUCACUGGAUGAGUGACUUGGACCAAGAUGCCAUCAGCAGUGACUUCCCAACCUGCAAGCUGAGGUCUGUGAGCUGCCUCGAAGCUGAGUGGUUCAAGGCACUGGAUGCUUCCCGAAGUCCUCCUUCUGAGCAAUAGGAAUGGAUCCUAUCUUCUUCUGCAUGCUUACAGCAUAGGAUGUGCUGCUUUCUAGCUGGCUAGGGAGUGCUUGCUUCAACUCCACUGAGAUUUCCUUGGUGCUGGGCUGAGCUAUUUAGGUCUUGCACAUUGUGCAAGGGUUUGCCUGUUUGCCUCCUCAGCUCAGGGCCCUGGAAGCAGGAGGUGUGAGUGAGAUGCCUGCUGCUGGGACUGGGAACAGGUAUCUGGAGAGUGCUGCUGGGUGAUGGUAGUGCUUGUGGUGUGCCUUCCUGACUGACCUUUGCUGCUGUGGGUCAGCUGCCAUCUGCUGUGUUUCCAGCUUUGGAACAUGCUGCUGGGGUCUUACCGGCUCCCAGAAACACAAGGAAGGGCUGAUUUGUCCUGUCCUGUGUAGGGAGGGCUUUCUGACAGCAGGGAGGUGACAGGACUUCCAUAGGGAAGGCAAGCAAGAGAAAUGCAAGUUGACAUCAGACUCCUUUCCAGCUGUGAGCUAAUACAGCUCCAGAAGCAAUGGUGUGUCUUCCAGUAAAAGCCUCUCUUGCUCUGCUUUCCCAUCCCAGUUUUGGAUAGCCCCGUCCACUCUUUCUCAGCUCCCAUCCUUGAUGGCUGUAUUGGCAGGACCUGCUGCCUUGAGGCCCACUGGAGACAGCCCUGCAGAUCCUCUUGCCUAGCUGCAUUCCUUCCAGGCAGCUCCAAGAGCAAUCUGCUUCCAGUGCCUGGGAUAAGCAAGGCAUUUUGAGGGAUGUUAAGAUAAUAAUAGAAACUGGCACUGUCAAAGGCUCUGUUUUCUUAAAGAGCAUGUCAUCUUGGCUAGAUGAUCCCAUUCUUCAGAAGGAGGAUGGGAUUUCUGUUGGCUAACAAAGGUGCUAGAAGCUUUGGAGUGCGCAUCUGGGGCAGGAGGUGGCUCCUGAGGAAAGCAGAGAUGAGCCUGCAGGUUUGGGGACAUGGCUGGAGGCUGGGCUGGGUGUAUGUGCCCCACUGCCUUGCUGCUCACGCCAAGGGCCGGGUGCGUGGGAUGGCGGCCGCUGCUGGGUUAAGUGCGUGGCCUUGUGAAGGAAGGGGGAGUUUCCUGUUGCUUCAGGGCAGGAGGAAACUGCUUCCAGCUGUCGAGGGGAGGAGUGCUGGAUGGGGAGAUGUGGCUGUGCUGAGCAAGCACCUCCCAGCUGUAGGGUUUGGAUAGCUGGGAUCCAGCAGCUCUGCAUAGCUGAUGGAACUGGCAGGGUUCUCCCUUGGGAAGCAUCACAAGAAGAAUCUCAGCUCUCCCGCUCUGCCUUGGGGCUGUUCAGUUUCUGGCUUCCCAGGUCUUGUGCUGGUGGAAGGAGGAUGCGGCUGUCACAGGCAGCUGUGUUUUCUGGGAGGUGUGACCUUGGUGUCCUUUCCUGGCAGGAGGCUGCUGUCUCAAGGUCCUGGCACUUGCUGUCUGUGUUUUCA